UAUUAACUGCGUGCGUGUUUGGCAACAACAAAUCAACAGAAUUUCGAACAAAAUCAAUAAAACGGAAACGUGAGAGAGCGCUGCGCAAAAGAGAAAAGCGAACGCAAUCGCAAUCGACCAACGCAUAGAAGAAAACAAGUCAUGCCGCACAACAACCAGCCGUCUCCCGGGGACGAUCAGUUGGGUCCGCCCAAGGCGGACUUCAGUGCUCCGCCACCGUACGAGGCGAACGUGGGCCAUGGCCAGCAGGUGGCACUGCCGGCUCAGAUGCCACCGCUGGCCCUGGCCACACCCGAUCCCAGUCAGAUCCCGAUGCAGAUGCAGGUGCAGCUGCCGGGCCAGGCGGACCUUAUGAAUGCACAACUGCCGCCAGAGAUACACGGGAAGUUGCCCACGUACGAGGAGGUUCAAAUGGAGAAGUCGCUGAACGGAGAGCUGCCGCCCGCCUUUUUGACUUUGCCCUCCUCGCAGCAGCUUCCACCGCCGCCGAAUCCGCUACUGCCGCCAAAUCCGCUGCGCGAUGGAGCCGCUGCUGUGCGAUCCGCCCAGCCGGCACUCACGUUCAUCGCCAUCGAUGCCAGCGAUCCGGAAAAUAGCCUGUCCACCACCGACAACUUGCUCGGCACGGACAUCAUGUUCAUCACGGCCUUCAUUGUGGCGUUUUUGUUCAACUGGAUCGGAUUCCUGAUGCUCACCUGUUUCUGUCACACAAUUGCCGCCCGAUAUGGAGCAUUGUCGGGAUUCGGAUUGUCGCUGGCCAAAUGGACGCUGAUCGUGAAGCACUCGACGGACUUGGCCUCGCACGAAAACUCCUGGCUCUGGUGGCUGAUCUGCGCCUUUGGCUUCCUGAUCAGCAUACGUGCUUUAAUACAGUAUGUCAGCAUCAAGCGAUCGUGGCGCCUGCUUUCCGCCUCUGCCCAGGAACGGCUGCUAUUCUUUUACUAGGUGUACCUGGAGGCUUUCCAGUGGCCGUCUUGUAAAUACGUUGUGGGUGGCUAGGAGGCUCGAAUCCUACCCGUUCCCAACACCCUCUAUUCCCCAGACCCAGCACACGAAAAAUCAACGCGAACUUACUUUGGAGAGUUCUCGAAAUCACUAUGGGCUUGAAAGUAUUCCCUUAAAUGUAUUAGUCAAUCAAUUUCUUCAAAAUAUAAGUAAUAACGUACAAACUUUAAAUUUGUAUAACCGUUUACCACAUUUCAAGUCAUAAAUCUUUUUUGGAUGUCUGGCCAGUCCGAAACUGUAUUAGCUUUUUAAAAAGUUCAAAUUUUCUUUUAAAAUCAAUAUGUAUUGCACAAUUUUACCUUAAGCCAAUUGUAAAUUGUAAACGGUGCUGGGUGCUUUAAUGUAUUAGAAGAGCUUAGAUAUUGUAAAGUAUAUGCAGCACCGUUUACAAACCCUACUUUUUUUAAGACUCCUAGCGAUUUCGCGAGCAAUCCUAGUUGUGGGUUAGUGUUUUCUGUAGUUUCUAUGUUAACUAGCGCAACUUAGUCCACAAAACCGGCAACUGUAGCAUAAUGAUGUUAAAAAUGUGUGUUGAAAAGUGAAAGGCGAAUGCAUCUUCGCCUGCUCUCCCCAAUCGAUUAUAAUUGUAAAUGUAUGUGAAAUGUGUAUGGAUAUAUAAUUAUCUCACCCUAAUUGGUCCCUCUACACCCCUACAAAAUCCCCCUAGGCCUUUUAGUGGCGCCCAUGCACUUGAAACAAAGACACAAAUUAAACCAAAAAACAAAAAAUGGGAUAAAAAUAUGAAGGGUUGAGAUAGAAAAGUAUGCCACCCAUAUCUUUUGUUGAGCCCAUUUUACGCUGUGGUACUUAAUUAAUUAACUACACAAGAGCCAGCAGUAAUACGAAUGCUAAACACACACAAACAAUUAUUGCUAGAACUUAUGAUUAUUGCCUAUUAUAACGUUUAAUUCAUAUGUUUACUCCCUUUGUAUGUAAAUCGAACGAUGCUUACGCAUUGCAAAGGGUGCAGAGUCGCAAGAUCUGCGCCAGUUUUAUGCAAAUUCAAUAAAAUCGAAUGAUGACAUUCAAA